GAAAACAAAUAACAACCGCGACAAGACGACUAGGCCUAAUGUACAUGUAAUCGGUUACAAUUUUCUGACAUUUGAGGUUUUGGAAUCAUGCAAAUAUUAUGAACCGCAAUUAAUUCUUGUAGGUACUUGUAUUCGCUUUUUGAGAUAGCGCAAAUUAUUUGUUAAUAAUAAGGAAGAAAAGUAAGCGCACGUACUUGAACUUUUCAUAGAACAAUUUUACAAUGUCACAUAAUGAUGUGAUAAUGUCAGUAGGCCCUACCCUGUUCGUUGUUAUUUCUGGAUCAUGAUAGUUGCAGGAAACUAAAUGGCUCCGUCUGGCAAUAACUGGCCUCAAUCACUCUGUCAUUAAUUGAGCCAAAAAGAACACAUUUUAUCUUUACAAGUUACAAGAGCAAUUUAUAAUUGAUAAAUAGCUGAAUAGGCCUAUGGCAAAUAAAUCCACUAAAACAAAGUGUUAGUGCAUAUUAAUUCAAUUGGGAAAUGAAGCCAAGUGACAAGUUAUUAACAUUUUAAUUCGAAACCUGCAGAAAAGGGUAGUUAAAGCACCUGUUAAGACAAUAAAUGUGUGAUUUAGAUUGUGACUGAAGUAAUUAUGACUGGUGAUGGCGAGUGAUGCUUUCAAUUGAAAAACAUUGCCUUUUUGUAUUUCUAUAUGGCUGUUUUCUACCAAACAGUAUAUAAUAUAAGCUACCAACGUUUUAUGUGGUAUUCAUUGCAACACAAAUAUCCAUUUUUGCAAAGUGUACACAGUAAGCUGAAAACAUAAAAAUGACUCCAUCAGAAAAUAAUUGGCCUUAUGUUAUCAAUCUUAGUAACAGUAUUAUUGGAAUAUCUACAUUGGCUAUGCCAUACUGUUUUAAACAGUGUGGUAUUGUUUUGGGUAUUUUGAUAUUGCUGUUCAGUACAUGGUUGACUUUGGUGUCUUGUCAGAUUCUGAUGAAAGCUGGCAUAACAUCUAGAAAGAGCUCUUAUGGGUUCUUAGCCUAUUAUACAUAUGGUGUUUCUGGAAAAUUAGCUGUAGAAUUGGGUAUGAUUGGUCUACAGAUUGGAACACUAAUAGCUCAGAUAGUAGUUAUAGGAGAUUUUGGUCCUGCUAUUUUAUCUAAGAUAUUUGCCAUAGAGAAUUCGUCCAAUUUACGAAUAGGAUUGAUAAUGUUUUUAUGUCUGUGUGUUGGUCUACCAUUGGGUUUAUUAAAAGAUUUAAGAGCUGUUAGUAGAGCUAGUACAGUGUGUGUGUGUUUCUAUGUUAUAUUUAUAUUUUAUGUUUUAUCAUUGUCUGCACCAAAUUUAUUAAGCGGAGAAUGGUAUCUCAAGGUAUCUUUCUGGAAAAACGAAGGAGUUUUUGGAACGCUUUCUAUAUUUGCUUAUUCAUUUGGUUGUCAAACGCAGUUGUUUGUUUUAUAUGAUGCCUUACCAGAACCAUCAUUAAAAGCUGUAAAUGGUAUUACCAGUAGUGCUGUUAAUUUAUGUGCUGUAGCUUAUUUGUUGAUGGGAUUUUUUGGAUAUAUUGCAUUCCAUGAAGAUGACAUCACAGCAGAUAUAAUCAAACGCUUUCCGCAAACUUUUAUUGCUGAUUUGAUGAAACUUGGUUUUGUUAUUUCUACUGCCAUUACCAUCCCACUGAUUAUGUUUCCAUGUCGUGUCAGUCUGUACAAUUUACUCUUUUCUCAAAUCCAUUACAAACCAAAGGGUCAUGAUGAUAUGCCAGCACAAACACAUAUUCCAGAAAUACAUUUUAAAAUUCUUACCUUAUUCAUUGUAAUUGUUCCUAUGAUUGUUGCUAUUAUUGUUCCAAAUGUUGAGUUUAUAUUAAGUUUUAAUGGUGCUACUAUGGGUACUCUGAUGUGUUUUAUAUUCCCAGCCAUAUUUUUUCUGAAAGUCAAUAAAGGGGAAUCAAAAGGUUUGGCACAGAUUGUUCUUAUAUGUGGCGUUACCAUCAUGUUGAUUAGCACCUUUAGUUUACUGAAUACUGUAGAGAAGGGACAUGGACACCAUAUAGCUAAAGAUACAGUAAAAGAUAUUGUUAACAAAUUAGAUAUACCUGAUAAACAAAUAGAAAAACCUGAAGUUAAAGCAUCUAUUGAGAAGGAUGAUCAAAGGAAGGAACCUGCUAAUCCACAAGCACCAGAUGAUGAUACAAAGUUGAAAAGCAUCAAAACUGUUGGAAAAGAUUCGACUUCAAGGAAGAAGAAAAAAUCUGUCAAGAACGAUGAUGGUGUUGAAGAAGUUGGUCAAGAGAAAGAGGCUGUUGUAAAUGAAGAUGAUGUAAAAAAGAAAGACACCCAGCAAGUCGAGGAAAAACUUAAAGAAAAGGAGAAGCAGAUUGAAGAAACAGCUCUAAAACAGAAAGAUUUAUUGAAUAAAUUAGAAAAACAACAACAGGAGUCUAAGAAGAUUUUAGAAGCCCAAAAAGAAUUAAUGGAGGAGUUAAAAGAUCAUAAAAAAGAGCAUGUGGAUAGUAAGAUUUUGGGUCAGAAGGCAGUAUUACAUGGGGAUCAUCAAUCAGUUCUUGCACAAGGUCAAGCUGGUUUCAAGUCUCCUCAAAACAUUCUUGCACAAAACCUUCCCUUGGGUAAAUCAGUACAGAAUAACCUGGGUGGACAAGUACCUGUUCAAAACAAUCUUGGUGGUCAAGUCCCUGUUCAGAAUAACGCUGGUGGUCAAAUUCCUGUUCAGAACAAUCUUGGAGGUCAAGUUCCUGUUCAGAACAAUUUAGGUGGUCAAGUACCGGAUCAGAAUAACCUUGGUGGUAAAGUACCGGUUCAGAAUAACCUUGGUGGUCAAGUACCGGUUCAGAAAAACCUUGGUGGUCAAGUUCCUGUUCAAAACAAUCUUGGUGGUAAAGUUCCUGUUCAGAACAAUCUUGGAGGUCAAGUUCCUGUUCAAAACAAUCUUGGAGGUCAAGUUCCUGUUCAAAACAAUCUUGGUGGUCAGGUUCCUGUUCAAAACAGUAUUGGUGGUCAAGUUCCCAUUCAAAACAAUCUUGGUGGACAAGUACCUGUCCAGAAUAAUCUUGGUGGACAAGUACCUGUUCAAAACAAUCUUGGUGGCCAAGUUCCUGUUCAAAACAAUCUUGGUGGACAAGUUCCUGUUCAGAACAAUCUUAGAGAUCAAGUACCAGUUCAGAAUAAUCUCAAUGGUCAAGUUCCUGUUCAAAAUAACCUAGGGGGUCAAAUUCCAGCACAGAACAAUCUUGGUGGACAGGUUCCAGUUCAGAACAAUCUUGAUGGACAGGUUCCUGCUCAGAACAGUCUUGGUGGUCAGGUUCCUGUUCAGAACAUUCCAAUUGGAAAAUCACAGAAUCAAGUUCCGGUGCAGAAUGUUGUGGUAAAUCAGGGAGCAGGCAUGAACCAAGACAAUGUUUUAAAUAGAGGUAGGAGAGAUGUAAAAGAAACAAUAAAGAUGAAACAAGAAACUGAAACUGGUAAUGAAGAUGAUAACGAAGAAGUUGAUGAUAAUAAUAAUAAUAUAAAAGAGGAUUUACCUGUAGAUGUGGAUGUUAAAAAUGAUGAAAUGAGGAGAAAAUUACGUAAUGUUGACGAUAAUGUAAAUGGUUUACUGUCUAGAUCAUUGCUGUCAGUUACCGCCAUUUCAGAUAAAGAGAAAGAAUGAAGAGCAUUAGAUACUGUCAGUAUUUACAUAUACUGAGAUGUAAUAAAAAUGCACCAUUGAUUAGACUGGAAGUGCAGGCGAGACGUGACUUCCACAAUGUUGCAUCGAUCUUAGCUUUUUAAAAGCCACAUUUUAUAUCCAUUUUCUGCACCAUAAAAUCGUGAUUUGCAACAUUCCCAUUCUGUCCAACAUUCAAUUUUUUGUGUUUGAGAGAAUUGAUCUACAGUGUGCUUAUGUGAUAAUGAAAAUAACAUUCUCACGUGUUAUCGUGGUGAUGUGAUUUGUAUCAAGAAAACAAGAUAUGCAAUCAUCAAUUUAUAAAAGUGGUUCGUUUUAUUGUGUCUCAGUAUAUAGGGACUUUGUUUUCUUUCUGAAAUCCAUUCCUUUCCUUUGUGAAAUUGAGUAAUCAUCAAACUCGGAUAAUUUCAUUUUCUGAGCACUGCCACAAUUGUGAAAAACAGUAAAACAAACACACGGAAACUAAGGAGAUAAUACCCUACACUUGCAAGCCAUCAAAAAAAUAUCAUAUUGAGAAAAUGAUGUGCAAUUGUGUUUAUAUCUGUAUAUAAGAUACAUGUAUAUUUGUCCCAUCACUUUUUUUAGAUUGUAUUAUUUUGCUUUAUAAAGACAAAAGGAUCCUAGUUCUAACAUCACUCAUCAAAAAUACUGAUAACAUAUCCGGUAUUGGAAGAUGUUUUUUCAAUAAAUGUAUUUGCUGUUUCUUAAUUUGUAAAUUAUUGAAAUAUUUUACAUUUUUAAAACUUAAAUUCUAGAUGCACAUUAGGUUCUUUGAUUGAUACUGAAAAGGAGAAUUUCAAUCAUAGAAGAGAAUUAUGUACUAUAUUUAAAAUGCAUUAUGUUAGAGCUAAAUCCCAUAACCAAAUGUCUAGACCAUUGGAUGGCUGUUAAAAUGGAUAUCAAGACAUUCUUUAUUAUUGUAGAAAUGGUACUUGACAAUUGAGACCAUAUUUUCAAAACUUCAAACACUCAUAAUUUUACUUUUAUGUAAUGGAUCUUCGAUAUUACCUAUUGUUAAACACUGAUAUAAACCCAUGUAAUACCAUUAAAAGCUUAUAAAUCUCAUGACUAUUCAGUCAAUUUUGUCUACAUAAAUAUCAGGAAAAAUUUAGUUGUAAAUAAGUGUGGUUUAAUGGUGGAGAGGGAUACAUUAAGUUAUAUAUUGAUACUGCAUGAGGGUGUCGACCCAAUAAUUGUAUCAUUAUAUUAUGUAAUGUCUUGCUUGAGACACUUGACAUGAAAUACAGAUAGACUAUCCUGCACGUGCAUUUCAAUAAAAUUGUUACAAGAUUCCAUUAUGUCAUCUUGUAUAAAUAAUGAACGAUUGGCACAAUGCCCAUACAUUAUCUGAAAUAAUGGUAUGCCAACAUUAAAAGAUGAUAUCGCAUCUUUAUUUUAAAAUCAAUUAAGAUUGCACUAGUACUGUGACAGUUUGUUGAAAAGUAAAAAAAAAAAAAUGAAUCAUUUUGAUCAUAUAUUUUUAUAAUUAUUCCUCAAAUAGAAAUACUUAACCUGUUAGUAUAGUAUUGAGAAAAUAUAUAUAUAUAUAUUUAUUAUAUUAUUAAUAUAUUUUUGGUUGUAUGAAUAUUUUUAGUAACAGUUUCCUAUUCCAUGUAAUCACUGUUCUGUGCCAAUAAGCACCCACUUGUUUUUUUUAAACACUGUUUAAAGCAUCUCCUAACAUAUUUCAUCAAAUACUGUACAUUGACAUUAGGGAAAGUAGGAUAAAAAGAAAGAACAUAAUAUUUUAUUUUGUGAAGAAUAUAUAUGUCAAUAUUACUUAGAUCAUUUAUAUGCUAUAACUUCACAUUGGAGUAGAUCUAAAAUGAUAUAACUAUAUUUUGUUACAGAUGUACCUAUAUAUUAUUUUUAAUUAAAUGAAUGGUGUUUCUGAUUAUUUUUAUUUUAUGGCUGUCUAUGUAUAAAUGUGCCAUAAGUAUUCUUACUUGGUUAUGUGCAAUUAACAUUUAUUUUUCAUCUCAUCAUUUGUCCACUUCACAUUUAGCGGAUACUUUUUUUUUUGUACUAUGUGGGCCACAUUUAUUUCUUUGUUUCAAUCUGACCUCAAAAUAAUGAUUUUCGGUGUACUCAACAUUUUGAACUUUGUAUAAGACAUAGAUAUGAAUAAAAACACUGACAAAAUGUUUACUGUCAAAUUUAAAGCCUAAAUUUGUUUGAUAUUGCCUGCGACAGGUGCUCCUAUUUCCAGGCUUAGUUGCAAUCAUGAAUAUUAUUCAGCUAUUGAUUUGGAAUUAUCUAUUCUUGUACAGGCUAUCAUGAAUAAAAUCUAUAACUGAUUAUAUUUCUAUAUAUUACAUGUAGUUUUAUAUCAGAAAAUAAUACUUUUUAUUAUCGGGUUCUCCCGUAUGGUCAAGUGGUCUGUCAAGUGCUGGGGUCACCUGCCAAACUUUGUGGGUUUUCUCUUGUUCUUUCCACUGCUAAAGACCUGUACGACCAAGGGAAUUUUUGAAAUAAAAUUGUGGAUGUUAAAACCCAUUUCUCUCCUGCAUCCAACAGGUGGUUGAAAUUAAUACUCUCUUCUGAUCAAAACUGAGAGUGGAAUUCGAUUCAUUUCAAUUGAUGUAAUUCACUUGAUCAACAUAAUAAAGCCAUGUAUAAGAAAA